ACUAAAAAAAAGUUCAGAAUAACAGUGCUUUAACCAGCCUACAAGGUGAUUUCACGAAUUCUCGCCGAGUAAAGUACGCUACACGUCUACACACAAGGUUUAACGAGGAAGAGCAGGAGAAAAUGCUGCAGUUUCCGGCGUUCAUGACGCAGUUUCCGUCGUCGGAGCGGAUGAUUCCGGCGUCUCUUCUACUACAACACCAGUUAGCUAACGCCCAAAACGACGACGAACUUUUAGCCUUGGAAGAAUCCGAAUUCCUAGACAAGUGUAACGAAAUAAAAAAGUUAAAUAGCAGCGUAGUUGUGAUCGGGAAAACAAAGCUGGAUAAUGAUAAAGAAGAAAUUGACAAUGAUGCAGAAGACGACGAUGAUGCGGACAAUGCUGAAGAAUCAGAAGGUGAAUUCGAACAGGAAACUGCUUAGUAUUCUGCCAGGACUUGAAGACGACUGCAGGUACUUCUUGCUCGAUUUUCUAGUUUGGAGGAGCUUAUUGCGGCUUAGUAAAGUGUUCAUUCAUCAUUAAUCUUGUAUAGUAUGAAUAUCAAAGACCUUCUAAACAGCUUUCUUGAUCAAUCUGAAGUUUCUUGUCCCAAAUUGAAUGAUUUACAGUUCUAGUCUCAUGGUGUUUUUUCAGUGAUACUCAUUUGACAUUA